UAAUAAUCGUUCGUUCGCUGUCCACUCAUCUGCCGUGCACAAGGUGAAAACUCGGCCACACACAGUCUAGCCCGGCACAACCCAGGCCAGGUCGAAAAGCGCGCCGGGCGACCAGUCACGUCCCGUCGAGAGCCCGCCAUGACUCUGCGCUGCGCUGAGCGUCGCUGCACUGGCUGCGUCGCCAGGCACAAAUUGCUGCACCCUCUUGCACGCCCGAGACGCAGUCCAAUGAACGGUUCAAGGGUACCAUCUGAUGACCCUUGGGGCGAGCCACGUAUCAGCGAGGGUGGGCUGGCUGCUCUUGUCGCCUCCUCUCCGUGCAAACCGGCUGCCGUCCCCAUCCUUCUCACUGGCCCCCCCAAACAGGCCAAGGCAUGCAGCAGCCGGCUGACAGGCACGCACCGCCCCGCCAGCAAUUGCAAGUCUCAUCUGCGCCGGCGUGCAACUCCCUUCGAUUCGAGUCGCCCUGCCCCGUGCUCGGCCCAGCCUCCAUGGAUAGAGCCGGUCCGUGCAGACGAAAAACAUAUUGCAAUCGUGACAGGCUCGGCUCGAGUCUCACGUUGGGACUCUGGAGGCGCGCGCCCGCCUCUCGCGCCCGCGUGAAAAAUUGUGCCAGACAUGCGUGCAGCUCGUGGGCGCAUGGGCAGCGACGUUGUUCCGUUUUCGGCCGUAGGCCGCGGUCGACCAUGUCGGAUUGAGAGCCAAAUGGAUCCCACGGCAUUCUGGCCCAAGGGAUCGAGGGCAUCAGGCCUUGCUGGCCUUCGUGACUCCA